AUGUAUGCCCCAGAUAAGGAGAAGACAACAUUCAUCACCCUCAGGGGACUUUACUGUUAUAGGAUAAUGCCCUUUGGGAUGAAGAAUGUAGGAGCGACAUACAAGAGGUUGGUUAUCAAGAUGUUCAAGCACCUAAUUGGGAAGACUGUGGAAGUCUACAUUGAUGACAUGGUUGUCAAGAGUAAGGAACCAAGAGACCAUCUAGCUUACUUGAAAGAACCUUUUGACAUAUUGAAGGCAUACCGGCUUCGGCUGAAUACCUCAAAGUGUGCAUUUGGGGUAGGAUCUGGCUUGAAACUUGCAGCAGUAGUGGAAGUUGAGGAGGUGCUAGUCUUUUGCGACUCCCAGCUAAUUGUCAGCCGAGAUGACAACAUUCAUGCUGAUGCCCUAGCAAACCUGGCUAGUGCUAUAAAGUCAAGCGAGCCAAGAGUAAUUAUGGUGGAUUACUUGUCAGGCCCAAGUAUUGAACCUCUGAUAACAGAGUAUGUGGCAAUGUGCAUGGAGUUAGGUCCAAGUUGGAUGGAUGCCAUAGUUAUGUUCCUAAGAGAUGGCAAGCUCCCAGAAGAUAGAAGGGAAGCUCAUAAGAUCAGACUAAAGUCGGCCAGGUUUGGGAUCCCCAAAGCCAUUGUGGCAAACAAUGGUAUCAAGUUUGACAGCAAGCUUAUCAAAAACUUUUGUGUAAAGUACAAGAUUAAGAACUACUACUCAACUCCCAACUUUCCCCAAAGUAAUGGUCAAGCCGAAGAGUAA